AUGCCGAAGCAGACGCUGAGAAAGACCCUGCAUCCAAAGAUGACUCAGAUCCCGAUCCAGACGUCGAACACGGCACUGAACCGGACCCCGAACCAGAUCCCGACCGAGCCACCGAGUGAGAGCCUGAUCCAGAUGCCGACUGAGCCGCCGAGUGAGAGCCUGACUUGGAUGCCGACGGAGCUACCGAAUGAGACCCUGACCCAGAUGCCGAACACGGCGCUGAACCGGACCCCGAACCAGAUCCCGACCGAGCCGCCGAGUGAGAGCCUGAUCCAGAUGCCGACCGAGCCGCCGACCGAGAACCUGACUUGGAUGCCGACGGAGCUACCAAAUGAGACCCUGACCCAGAUGUCGAGCAUGGCGCUGAACCGGACCCCGAAUCAGAUCCCGACCGGGCCGCCGAGUGAGAACCUGACCCAGAUGCCGACUGAGCCGCCGACCGAGAACCUGACUUGGAUGCCGACGGAGCUACCAAAUGAGACCCUGACCCAGAUGUCGAACACGGCGCUGAACCGGACCCUGACCCCGAUGUCGAACGCGACGUCGAGUUGGACCCUGAACCGGAUUUCGAGCUAG